AUGCUGAACUGUUAUGCACUGCCGUUUCCGGCUAACCUUUUCACCCUGCUGAAUGGGCUCACUCGCUUUGCCAAGUUGGAUCUCGCUCAUGUGUAUCUGCAGAUCGAGGUCGUCCCAGAGUCGCGCGAAUUGUUGACCAUCAACAUCCACCGCGGUCUGUUCCAAUACACAAGGCUGCCAAUUGUUGUCAAGGCCACACCGGUCCAACUCCAACAAACGAUAAACGAAAUUCCCUCCGGCAUCUCGGGCACAUCUGGUGACCUGGACGACAUCAGAAUCGUGGGCGGCUCCUCUGGCAAGCUGCAAGACCGAGUGAGGGCAGUACUCAAACGCGUGAAGGAAUAUGGUUCCCGCCUGAGGACCGACAGGUGCCAAUUCUUCCACGACUCCGGCAUCUAA